UAUUUAUUUUAAAUCAGCUACACUCGAUUGUAACCUCGUUUAAAACCACUCGUUUUUUCUUUUUUUUAAUCAAGUUUAUUUUUCUUUUUUUUCUUUUUUACUACAAGUAUCCCAAUUUCUCUUGUAUAUCGACCUCUCACGUCGCCACCCUGAAGUUCAUCGUGGUCUUGUUGGCCGCCGGGAUGCUGGCCUUCCUCGGCGCGGUCAUAUGCAUCAUCGCCAGCGUCUAUCCGAGGUCUACAACCCCGGCACCUCAGCCACUGGCCGACAACCAGUCGCUGGCUCCGGAUGUUGUGUUGCAGCCUCUCUCCCCGGGUUCCGUAGCACGCGCGGGCCCUCUGGGCGCUCUCCACGGUGCUGAAUCUACCGAAGGAGGAGGUCUGGGGAUCGGUCUGGAGGUGCCCACUUUCAACGAGCUAAGCAGCACAGGGGGGCUCGGAUCCGGAGGCAGCAAACAGUUCACUUUCAGCCGGCUCAUCUGCACCCCUGUUCCUGUCGGGGAGUGCAAACCGAAGAACCUUCAGCAACAAGCCGACGAGCCGUCGGUGUACGCAGGCGAGGACAUGGGAUACUUCCGUACAACCGCUGAGGAACUACGGCAGACCGUGCUGCAGCAGAGAGACCAGAUACUAAUGGACCAGCGAACCAUAAGGGAACUUACAGGGAAGCUGUCGGAAUGCGAAAGCGGGCUGGAGGAGCGCAGCCUCCCAGAAAGAAGUGUAGGGUUGUGGGGAGACAACCGCCGCCACAUGGCUGGAGACGACGUGCAGUCUUUAGCUGCAGCUCAGCUGCAGACCGCUCGCGCCGUUGAAGAGCUUGAGCGAGCCAUUCUUCAGCUGAAGGAUCGCAUAGAAAAGCUGGAGUUAGAGAUAGGCCCCUUAGCCCAUAACCACACAGAAAGGGGUCCAGGAAGUGUCUCUGGUGCCCCCAGGAGGCUGGGUGAGGCAGUGCGGUGGCAAGUGGAGGACCUGGAGGGCGAGCUGGAGAAGAAGAUGCAGCUCCUGGAGAAAGAGAGGGCAGCACUUCGCAAAGAGACAGAGGACCACCAUCAGGAGAUCGACCAGGGAGUCAACUCCUUGCACCACCGCAUCGCCGAACUGGAGCAAAGUCUUUCGGAAUACCCCUAUCCCGACAGCUUCAAGCUGUCCUUCCCCGUGAGGACCAACUACAUGUAUGGCAUGGUGAAACGGGCAAUUCCUGAAAUGUAUGCCCUGACAGCCUGCUUGUGGCUGCGGGCCAAGGAGGGAGGCAUCGGCACACCUUUUUCCUACUCAGUCGCAGAGCAGCCUAAUGAAUUGGUACUGCUGCAAGGUCUGCACAAUCCUGUCGAGCUGCUUGUCAAUGACAAGGUUGCCCAGUUGCCCUUGUCUUUGCCCCCCAACAGCUGGCAGCAUGUGUGUGUUAGCUGGAGCCUGCGGGAUGGGGUAUGGCAGGCCUACCAGGGGGGAAAACUGAAGGGAGAGGGAGAGGGCCUCGCUGCCUGGCACCCUAUUCGGCCUGGGGGCGUGCUUGUAUUGGGGCAGGAGCAGGACACUCUGGGCGGGCGCUUCGACGCCUCCCAGGCCCUGGUGGGGGAGCUUUCCCAGUUCAGCCUGUGGGACCGGGUGCUGACGCCCGCCGAGAUCGCUGGCCUGGCCGACUGCAGCGAGACCCCGCCUGGCAACGUGGUGCCCUGGACAAACCGGGACAUUGAGGUGUUCGGAGGGGCCACCAAGGAGCCGCUGGAGACCUGCUCCCAGCGUGUCACCACCCAGCAAUGAGAGGUCAGAAGAGGAGGCGUGGCACUGCGUGAGAAAGGGGGAGGGGGGGCGGGGUGGCAACCAUUUUGGGGAUCUCAUUCCCACACAGAAAGUGUCCACGCAGCGCCACAGAAUACAACAAGAUUCUCUCUUCACAUGCUAGGCGCAGUGCCGUGGGCUCUACUCUGCGGGGUACAGAUCUGGGACCUGUCUCGCGUUCUUUUAAUGAGCUCGGACAUGGAGCGGUUCUCCAUUUCCCAGCAAAGUGCUCCAGAGCUUUGUCUUGUCUUGUGUCCUGCAGCUUGUGUCUGACUUUGAGCAGUGAUUUGUGGAAUCAUCUUGGUUGAUGUCGUUGUACUUCUCUACACAAGUGAUCGCGCAGGACGUUGUUCUGCACGGUGUACCUCCACUGUACAGCGUUUGUCUCUUUCACUGCAUUGUAGCCUGUGAUUUGUACUCUUCUGUAGUCUUUCCUCUACCCUACACCGCAUUUGCUCCAUCCCACCAGCUAACACCACAUUGCAGCAAACAAAGUCACAGCAACGUUAGGGGAGUGGUAUGUUGUGUUUGCUCGCCAACUACGCCAGGCAACAUAACGAGCAUUCACCUUCUGCACUCUCGUAAGGUGCAAAUACUGAAUAUAUCUUCCCUUAAAGAAAUUUAAAGUUGCACACUGUAUUCAAGUACGCCGCAAGUACGUCAAUCCAAGUCAGAGGUCGGCAUUUCAAUUCACCAAAAAUCCCAUGAGAAGUGAAGUAUUUUAAUUGAAUGGAUAUGUUUGGUGGCCUGCUACGAGUUCUUUUGUGAAAAAGUAAUACUA